UACAACUAACCAAGAGGGAGAAGGAAUCCUCAUCUCUUCUGGAAACAGCCAACAGACACAUCAUCUGAUGAGGCCAAGCUAGAGGCUCUCUGCUCCUCACAAACUACUGAAGGCUCGUCCACUCCUAGACCUCCUCUCGUCUUUUCUAUCUCCGUCUAUCCACACUCUUCCACCAUGCCUCCUCAGCUUCCAUCCCAGAACCAGAACGGUCCCAGGAUCCUGCAGGGCGACCUUUGUGCCCUCAGCCCGGCGGUCAAGGAGUUUGUGGACGCCAAUGUGACUCUGUGCCAGCCUGACUCCCUCCACAUCUGCGACGGCUCCGAUGAGGAGAACCGCACCAUCCUGGCCCAGCUGGAGGAGCAGGGGAUGAUCAAGAAGCUCAAGAAAUAUGAGAACUGCUGGUUGGCCAGGACUGACCCGAGGGACGUGGCUCGUGUUGAGAGUAAGACUGUGAUUGUGACCCGGGACCGGAGGGACACGGUGCCCACGCCGCUGGAUGGCGGAGUCAGCCAGCUGGGCCGCUGGAUGUCCCCGGAAGAGUUCGACAAAGAGAUGAGUCAGCGGUUUCCAGGCUGCAUGAAAGGUCGUACCAUGUAUGUGAUCCCCUUCAGCAUGGGCCCCGUAGGUUCCCCCCUCUCUAAGAUUGGGGUGGAGCUGACAGACUCUCCGUAUGUGGUGGCCAGUAUGAGGGUGAUGACUCGUAUGGGGAAGGCCGUGUUGUCUGCUCUGGGGACGGGCGAGUUUGUCCGCUGUCUGCACUCCGUCGGCUGUCCUCUGCCGCUCAAAAAACCCUUGGUGAACAACUGGCCCUGUAACCCUGAGCAGACGUUAAUCGCCCACAUCCCAGAUCGCAGGCAGAUCGUCUCAUUCGGUAGUGGUUAUGGAGGAAACUCCCUGCUGGGGAAGAAAUGCUUUGCUCUGCGCAUCGCCUCACGGAUUGCCAAGGAGGAGGGCUGGCUGGCGGAGCACAUGCUGAUCCUGGGCGUCACCAACCCUGCUGGGGAGAAGAAGUACAUGGCGGCAGCCUUCCCUAGCGCCUGCGGGAAGACAAACCUGGCCAUGCUCUGCCCCACGCUGCCCGGCUGGAAGGUCGAGUGUGUGGGAGACGACAUCGCAUGGAUGAAGUUUGACAACCAAGGCAAUCUACGUGCCAUCAACCCAGAGAACGGCUUUUUCGGAGUUGCGCCCGGUACCUCAGCCCAAACCAACCCCAACGCCAUGGAGACCAUCAACAAGAACACCAUUUUCACCAAUGUUGCAGAGACCAGCGAUGGCGGUGUGCACUGGGAGGGAAUGGACCAGUCGCUGCCGGAGGGAGUCACCAUCACUUCCUGGAAGAACAAACCCUGGAGCUCAGAAGAUGGUGAACCCUGCGCUCACCCCAACUCCCGUUUCUGCACUCCGGCUGGGCAGUGUCCCAUCAUCGACCCACAGUGGGAAUCCCCAGAGGGAGUCCCCAUCGAGGCCAUCAUCUUCGGAGGGCGCAGACCACAAGGUGUCCCUCUGGUGUACGAGGCUUUCAGCUGGCAACACGGAGUGUUUGUUGGAGCAGCCAUGCGAUCAGAGGCCACCGCUGCAGCUGAACACAAAGGCAAGAUCAUCAUGAACGACCCCUUUGCCAUGCGCCCGUUCUUUGGCUACAACUUCGGCCAGUAUCUCUCUCACUGGCUGAGCAUGGCUGACCGCCCGGGCGCCAAACUCCCCAAGAUCUUCCACGUCAACUGGUUCCGCAAGAGCCCCACCGCCGGAUUCCUCUGGCCCGGCUUCGGCGACAACAUCCGCGUGUUGGACUGGAUGUUCAGGCGGGUGAAUGGCGAGGCUGGCGCCAUGCCCUCUGCCAUAGGCUACCUGCCAUGCAGUGACUCCCUCAACCUCCAGGGCCUGAAGGGGAACGUGGACCUGGAUGAGCUGUUCUCCCUGGAUCAGGAGUUCUGGCAGAGGGAGGUGGAGGAAGUGAGGAAGUACUUCACCACACAGGUGAAUGAUGACCUGCCUAACGAGGUGGCUCAGCAGCUGGAGCUCCUGGAUCAGAGAGUGAAGCAGAUGUGAAGAGGGGGGGAGGGGAGCAUGUUAGCGAGUCUGAGGGAGCGUGACUGUAAUCCUAGAACAGAAUGUGAGUAAUUCAAGAACGUCUCGUCACUGUUUGACUGAAGAACUGAUUUUUAUAAAGCAUUCAUUUUUUUUAAAUGGAGCCUUACAACUUUAUGAAAGAUCAUUUCUUCUCCAGUAAUUGUUUUACUGUUGUAGGUUUUUUGAUUAAUUAAUUAGGAAUCUGCCUGUUUCAGAUAAUUAUUCUGAAAACACUUCCUUUAAACCUGGGCUGGGGACGUCGAGAUAUAAUUAUAUGAAUUUAUAGAGUUAACAAACAGUCCUCACUGUGCUCACCGUAAAUACAACAGCCGGGUGGUUCCAGGUCAAGACUGCUGAUCUGAAGAGGAAGUGUUUCCUUUCCAUUCAUCCACAUGCUGUCAUCACAGCACUCUGUUGUUCCAAUGUGUUGUCUGACUGUACGUCUGAAUUCUAAUAUUUAAAAGUAACUUAUUAUAAGCGCACAUCACACUGUCAAAUGAGUCCAGUGUUGUUUGACCCCGGACAUGGGGUAAAUGUUUUCUGUUCCUGUCUUUUUUUGCCUUAAUUUAUUUUUAUACACUGUGUGUCUCUUGUUCUGUUUUGCUGUAAUCUUGAACCCCAAAAAGGGGAGGAUGAAAUAAAAGUAUUUUCAAGUAUCUGG